CGGCGCGCUGACGUCAAAGUGCGGCGCGCGGCAGAGACGGGCCGGGGGCUUAGAGCGCCAUGAGUAAAGCGCACCCACCCGAGCUGAAAAAGUUCAUGGACAAGAAGCUGUCGUUGAAGCUGAACGGCGGCCGGCACGUGCAGGGCAUCCUGCGGGGCUUCGACCCAUUCAUGAACCUGGUCAUCGACGAGUGCGUGGAGAUGGCACCAGGCGGGCAGCAGAACAACAUCGGCAUGGUGGUGAUCCGAGGGAACAGCAUCAUCAUGCUGGAAGCUUUGGAACGAGUAUAAAUCCCUGGAAAACCCCAAAUCCCGACCCACCAGCUCCAUUCCCUCAUCCAAGACGCCGCUCACAAGUGUACAAGUAUUUUGGGUUUUGUUAUUAAAUCAAUUUUGUAAUGGUUGACCUAAUUC